AUGCUGCUGGUGUUGCAAGCCUGCACCUUCAGCCACAUCUUGGACUUGGAAGAGGGACCGAGUACCGCGGGCGUCUUUGGCCAUCCGCUUUGGAAGCUAUCCCCGUCUCGCCGUGUAGUCGUGCUCCAGGAGGUUGCGAGGAGUGUCUUGCAGCGGGCUUACCCGGAAAGUCACUUCCAGGAUCCUGUUCCAGGGAUGUCAGCUUCAGGUUUUGCUCGCCCGUUGCACCAAGCAGAGUGGGAUUGGACGAUGGAUGGCCGAAGGGUUGAGUGCAAGAGUUCUUCUCUCUCCUGGCACAAGUGCGGGUGUCAAUGGAGAGCCCAGUUUCAUGCUGUGAAGCUUGCGCAUGAUGGGUGCCGCCAACAUGCUUUGUUUGACGGCUUGCUGCUGGUAUUGCUCUCCCCAGAUUGUCUUGACAUUGUCCAACACGAUCUGCGAACGGGAGUUCUCCUGUCAGAUCCAUGCCUUCAUGCGACGUUGCAGAAGCAUCUUGCAAAAUACCCUGCAAUGGCUAGUAAUCCGUACGACAACCUGCCGCUGAGUUUGUCGAGUCCCACAAGUCGUGGAUUGCGCAUCCAGCAGCUCGCCUUGGAAAUCGAUCAAAGGCUGCAUCCAGAUGCAAAGUUCUCGUUGGGGUGUGGAGGAAGGACUGUGUCCGGCAGAAGGCUUUCAGCGCACAAUGCGCCAGUGGAUUGGGUUCGUGAUGAGAUACGGGUUGAGGUCAAGCAUGGCAAGCUGGCUUUCAUCUCCCGUGCCAAGCGCUGGAAAUGCACAUUCAGGGGAAUCAAAUGUGCCUUACCUGGCACUCGUCCCCGGGACCUGUACGACGAGCUGUGGCUCGUGAUGUACAGCCCGCUGGGGCUGCACUUCCUGAAAAACCACGGACGGUUUGGCUUGUCAACAUCCGGCUUGUCGACCGCAGUCGAGGGGCAUCAGGUGCAAGUGUAUGGGCCGUCUCAGGAGAUGGACAGCAGGGCAUUGGAGACUACAGGACACCUCGCCGUCUGUCAACACGGUGCGCCCCUGCUGCCGUGGCUGGCCGAGAGGCUGGAGGCCGAGGCCAUGGACCUCGGCUCAAGUGCAGCGCUGGCUUUGGAGCUGCUCGUGGCCGGCGAGGUCAUCGAGCCUGUGCUUUGCUUCGUCUUGCAUGGAAGGAUUGGCCUGCGAUCGGACUUUCCCCUUCAGCUGGCGGCGAGCCGGCGUCAUGGGAAAGGUGCCUCGGGGACUGACUCUGUUAAGGCUUUGAAACACAUGAAUGCACCUCGUGAUCAAGGCUUGGCCGAGGAUGAUUCGCUGGCUGCUGAACGAUGCCACUUCUGGGCGAAUGGACUGGUCGCAUCCAGUUCUCCUGGCUGGCGAGAGGUGGCUGCCGUCGCCCGAAGUUUCGGUCCCGCAGCACCGGUGCAGCCUGCAAGUGCCACCACGUGGCGGGAGGCCUUGGGAUGGGAAUGGUGGAUAACGUUAGUGUCUAGGCGGCUGGAUUUUGGUCAAGCCUUGUUACAGGCGGUUCUGGCAGCCCUGGCAGCGGAUCGCUGCUGGCCUUUGCACGCGCUGCUCGCACAGGGGUUGGCAUCAGAUGGUGGGGAGGUAGCUGCACCAGGAGACGUUUUUGAGGCCGCCUUGACUGCUUUCCCGAAGGUGCUGCCGUGGAACAUCAUCGACUGGAUGUCCUGGGCCUUCGAGCAUCCUGGCAGUCACAUGGGUGCGAGGUCGAAGGCCCAAGGUUCUUGGUCGUUGACAUCGCAGAAACAGAAGAAUGACUCGCUGGUGCAGGAGCUCCUCCAGUACGUGAUGAAGCUUCUUCCAACCUGUGAGCGCAACGCUGGCUUCGGCGAGCUGCUCAAGGCAGCCUUGGCCCUCGCGCUGCACCGCCGCCCUGCCGAGUGGCUGCGGCCGCCGCCACUGCGAGCUGGUCGAUGCCUGCUGGCUGACGCCCUGAUCCGCCGCUAUGGCGCCAAGCACCUGGAACUGUGCCAGAGACUCUGCGACGAGUUGCGAUACCCCCUGGGUGUGAUGGAGCUUCUGGUUGGGUGCGAAGAGCCCUGCUGCGACGAUUCAUCGGACACGUUGGGAAAGAUCAACGCCGUGCUUGCCAGCAGCCGAGCCGCGCAAGACCAGGCAGUGGAAGUGUCCGAGUCCCGUUUCCGGGAGGUGGCGUCGGCGGUGCUGCGUUCUGCAGCUGCCCGGACGGCGGAGGAGGCUUCGGAGCCGCCAGUCCCCACACCAGUGAAGUCACCAACCCCUCGAUGCGCUAUCUGCGAUAUGCCGGGCUGCGAAGUCCAGAUGGUCCGAGGUGCUUCUCCCGUCGUGCGCAAAGACGGGCGCAUCAAUGCCUGGCACGACGUGGCUCUUGCAUUGCACCGGCUGGCCCGGCCACGGUUGAGCAGCCCUGAUGAGCAUCGCUGGCAGUUUGUGAUGGAGGCAGCCAGCAGGGCACCCCCUGGGUUGCUUGCUGCACUGGCGGCGCUCAUGCCUGGCCGCGGCGCGACGGAGGCAUGCUUGCGCAGCAUCGAGGAAGAGAAGUUUUCGGGCUCAGGACUGCUUUCGGACGGGACCUCAGCUGCUGCGGCAGCUGAAGCACAAUGGCAGACAGCGUUUGGCGGAAAUUGGCUGCAGCUGCCUCCGGAGCAGAAGAGUCCUUUGCCGCCUCGCCCCCGUCCGCAGCCGCCCCCUCGCAAGCAGCCGGAUGUGCCGGAGGGCCUACGCAAAGCAGGAUCUGGAGUUCAACUCUGUAUUUCCGAGGACGGCCUGCAGGCCCGGCAUUUGGACGACACCGGUGAAGAGAUGCAUGGCGUCCUGAUCGGGACGAGACCACUGGCGCACGGCCGUGCCGGGGCGUACUUCGAGGUCGCUUUGGAAGAGGUGAGGCCGGGUGAAAGCCCCGACGGCCUCACUGUGGGCGUCACAACCACAGCACCGGAUGACGUUGCCACCGUGCCGCAGACGGCGGAGCACAUCGCUGACACGUGGAGUGUGGGCUACGACGGGCAGAUGUGGGACUGCAAGAGCGCCAGCCUCACGCAGGUGGGCUGGGAUCCGCGAUCCCUAGUGGAAGGUGACAUCAUCGGCGUUCUGGUCACGGCGAGGGAGGGCGAGCUCAUCGUCUUCCGGAAUGGCUGCCGGGCUAGUGAGGGCUGA